UUUACUCUGUAAUAGCUUCCGAAUUGCGUCCACAAUAUCUCAAGUCGACGAGUUCAAGAAAGUUUAAAGCACCUUUAAAUAUGCUGUGGAUGUUGGCGUUUGCUACCCUUGUAACUCAAGGAGCUACAACAGAUGGCACUGAUGGAGAAACUGUGGCUAUAUCUACGAAUCCAGUCAUUGCUCAUCCUGUGGCAAGAGAUACCCAAAUAGUGAUUAUUUGCAAGUAUACUACUGCAGAAAUUAAAGGUACAGUCAAAUGGAUGCACUUAGGACAAGAAUUUUCCGCAACCCAAAAGACGGCAGUAACAGCCGCUGCUGCAGAAGGAGCACUAAGUGUUUCACAUUACACCAUUGCAAAAGCUGCAUUAUCUGACUCCGGCGAAUACACUUGUUCUGCUGAAUAUACAACUGGUGCUGUUGUAGUGACACCUGCUGCUCCACUCAAUCUUCAAGUUAUCGAUGUAGUAAUGACUAUGAGUAGUCAGGCAGCUGCAGAAGGAAGCAAAGUUACAAUAACGUGUAACUUCGAACAGUAUACUGGUUCUGGUGCCCCAACAAUCGAAUGGUUCAAGGAUGAUACAACGUUUACGUCUGAUCAAAUCGCAGCUACUUCCGAGGGAGACAACUGUGGUGACGUCCAGAGAAAAAGAUAUAUAAUUUCAAGCACAGCCACCACAGACACAGGCAAAUAUAAGUGUAAAGCAACUUAUACAAUAGAUGGUAAAACAGUGAUCGUGGAACCCGAACCAGCUGAAGGAAAAGCUUUCUACGUCAGGAAGUUAUCUACAACUGCAAAGCUUUUCCACGUUGGAGUGGGAGCUAGUAUCGAAAUAGUCUGCACUGUGAAUGGUGAUGAAGCUGCUACUUUCAAAUGGUACACUUCGACUGGCGCCGAUCUUGAUGACACUAAUUUCACCAUCGAUACUGGUACAUUUGCGGACAAUGUACAGACUUCAACAUUAAAAACUGCAGCUGCAUCCGUUCCUAAUCAUGAAGCAAGCUACAAAUGCAAAGCUACCUGGUCGACGUCUGAACCUAAGCUUCUAGAGGAUAGCGUGGAGUUGAAAGUUCAAGAUGUGACAGGUAUAAAAGAUGCUACUGCGAUUACGCAAACCCCUGGAACUGAGCUCAAGAUCACCUGCCAAUUCGAAGCUGGAGCAACUAAAGUCAGUUGGUAUCGAUCAGGAGUUGAGGUGAAGGAGGAGGUUCCUACUGCUGACCAAAGCGAGCUGGAGUACACCAUUGCCACAGUUGCUGGAUCUGAUAGUGGGGUUUACUCUUGUGAAGUUUAUUACACUGGCGAAACAAUAACCGGUAGACAGACCAAAAGUGUGAAGGUAAGAGGACAGAUCGAUGACGCUACAAUCUACGCUUCUGCAGGAACAACUUCAGUCACUUUAACCUGUGUUUUCUAUGGAGAUGAAAUGAAUACUGCUACUUGGCACAAAGCAGGUUCAGCGGAAGCCGAAAUAGACGUCGAGGGUAAAACAGAAGUCACCCCUGGCACUUACUCCUCAGAGACAAACAGUCUUACAACAACAUUUAAAUACCUCACAGUUGCAGCAGAGGAUGCAGCUGCUUACACCUGCAAAACAACCUAUGUCAGUGAUUCUAGCCCAUCUCAAUCUGUCCUGACUCUUUCGGUAUUUACAAACGGUAAAACAACAUCCGACAACGAGAUAGUGACGACUGGGGACCCAUUUACCUUAACUUGUAACCAUAGUCCUGCACCACCAGGCGCCACUGCAACACUGCAAUGGAAAAAGGACGGACAGAUCAUUGAAGGAUAUUCAGACUCGAAUUAUCCUGUAACAUCAGCCAGCCUAUCUGACAAUGGUGGAUAUACCUGCACGGUAAUGUACGGAAGUGAGUACGACUCAAUAGAGAGUGAGAAGGUUGUGCAAAAGGUCCGUGAAAGUGAAGUCGGAGCCGCUGCAACUCACCUCCUGGACGGAGCAGCCUCAGUCACUAUCACGUGUACGUUCCGGGGUGAUGAGGACUUCAUGAGCAGUCCCACCACGUGGUCAAAGGCUGGUGUUAACCUGGAGAAUGGAGAGAAGUACACCCUUACUCCAGGAUCCAAGGACACUGUUUCAGAGUAUUACGAGCGUAUGGACAAGUUGGUUAUUCUGGCGUUGACGCAUGAUGACGAGGGAGAUUACACCUGUAACAACGCCUACACCCAAACUGAGAAAACGCAAACCCUCACUGUUUAUACAAUCAGCAGUGUCACAUCUACUAACGAUAAAGUGGACGCCGAAGGGCCAUUUACACUAAGCUGCACCCACAGUGCAGUAAGUACAGGUCUACAGGUACUGUGGACUAAAGAUGGUGCGGAGAUAAGAGAAGGAAUUACAGUGGCAGCGGAGGGAGACAAGAAGUCGGUGCUAACAGUUACUACAGCCAGCAAGGCAGAUAACGGUGUGUACCGGUGUGCGGUGACUUUUGGUAGUUAUGGGCAGCUCCACAAGGAAGUAACUCAAAAUGUGAGGCUGACCGAGGUCACUGUAUCUAGUCACUAUGCCAUCAAUGGAGCAGCAGAGUAUGUCAUGACAUGUACCUUCCACGGGGACGCUCUGUCGACUACUGUUUGGAAAGUUGGUGACACUGUGCUCACUGAUGAUGAUGAGUACGAUUUCUCUACAUCAUCUCCCACAGCAUCUUCAAGACUGGAUACGUUAACGAUUAACACAGUUGAAGCUGCUAAUUCAGGAACCUACAAGUGUUCUGCACAGUACACAUCAGGAGCGCAAGAUGCUUCUAAAGAUAUCCUCCUCACAGUCCUGGGUAUAACUGAGUUUGUCGCGACCGGAGAAACAGAAACAAAAGUAGCUUAUGGAAGUUCCGUCACAUUUACCUGCAGCUUCAGUGCGUUCCCCGAUGGCAGCCCCACUGUCUCGUGGUACCAGAAUGACGUCAUAUUCCCAGAAACCCUCAGUGGGCUGAUCACCGCUCCUUCCGACUCCCAAUCACUGUACACUGUGGCAGCUGCAGAUGAGUCCAACAACGGCCUCUUUCAGUGCAAGGUUACUUUCGGUGAUGUUGGCACGUCCGCUUCGGAUCAAGUUACUCGCUACGUUAGACACGUGACACCUUCAGCUAGCAUAUUCGGAGUUUUGGAGUUGAACAUUGAUAUAUCCUGCACGUUCUAUGGUGAUGCUCUGGGAGCAACAACUUGGUUAAAGGAUUCCGGAGCAGUCGUGACGGGGGGACAGUAUACUGUUACUCCUGGAACCUAUCAGCUCCAGAUGCGGACUGACACUCUAACAAUAGCCACCUUGACGGCUGAUAAUGCUGGUGCGUUUACUUGUAAAGCGGCGUACACGGACGGAGGAGUGGAAACUUCUUCAAUCCAAACUCUCACAGUUACAGAUGUGCAACUAGUAGUCGCCGUUACUAAAGACCCAGUGGACAGCGUCGUGGCUGAUGCCACGGUAACAUUCGUCUGCACCUACACUGUUAAAGAGCUGGGUGCUGACGAUGGAACCUUCCAGACAGCCUGGACACGUAAUGGGGAACCGUUAGAUUCCAACAUAGUCAUAGAUAAGACUACAGCAGGCACUGAAUCAUUCCAAGUCACAGUGCCUGCCGUUGGAGGAUGGGAGCUGAAUGGUGAUUACAAGUGCACAGUCACGUACGGAGUGUUCGGGGACGUCACUGCUGAGAGCCCACUACUGGUACGGGAUAUCCCGGACAUGUCGGACUAUUACGUGGGGAUGGAGAAGGAAGCGUCCCUGCACGUGAUGAGCGGAGAGGUAGUGUCCCUGACUUGCAGAGUUUACGGAGACCAACCUACCACCAUUACUUGGAAUGAUGGAGCUAAAGACCUUACAAAAGCUGAUGCUGAGGUUACAGAUAGUGAUUAUGCAGAUCAACUGGUGGAGUCAGUGUUAGUCAUCCCGUCCGCGACAUACCUCUACAACGUUGUAUACCAGUCAUAUACUUGCAAAGCGGAUUACACUGACCCUAUCGGUAGUAAAAGUAGUGUCGUGCAGCUAGGGGUCCUAAACGUACUAGAACAACCGACACUCACAGCUGCUACAGUAACACUAGCUGCAAAAUCUACAUUGACAAUGACCUGCACAUUCACAAGUAUAGCACUGGCUAGGAUCAGUGCUGGCACCAGCCAGUCAGUCACUGUGCAACUGUUUAAAGUUGGGACAGAGACCCAUGUAGACGAGUCAUAUGUUGACUCAGUUGAGGGGUAUGAGGUAACAUCUCAUGAUUUUGUUCUGUCGAGCGUUGAACCCACCGUCUCCGGAGAGUACAACUGUAAAGCUACAUACGGUGAUGCGGGACACGGCUCUGUCACUAGUCCCAACCUUCUGAUUUUUGUCAGAGCACACUCUAAUGACAAAACAACAGAGAUAAUCACUGGAAGUGAUGUAACUCUGACCUGCAAGUUCGAAGGGGAUGAAGUUGGCUCAACCAGCUGGCAUGCUGCUGGUUCCGGAUCACCAGCGUUGGUCGAUGAUUCCGUUUACGAUAUUUCGGUCGUUGCUUGGGAACCAGUUGGAAAGUCUUUGGAAACGACGUUGACGACAAAAGCAUUGACUGUGACUACUGCUUACACUUGCAAGGGGAUUUAUAUCGCAGACAGCGCUGAGGUCGAGUCUACACAGACUGUUAACGUUCUUGCCGUUGAAAUAACGUCGAGCGAGGAAUCCUUCUCGUUGAAUGCUGGGACUGCGUUCACUUUGACGUGCAGUUACUCCGUACUUUCUGCCGGGGCUAUUACUGUUGAAUGGUUUGCAAAUUCUCAGCCUAUUGAUAACAGCGUGGAAUAUGCUAUAGAAAACAAAGCGGAUAACCACCAUUCGCUCCUGAAGUUCACAGCCGAGACUGCAACCACUGAAAUGAACGGUGUUUACAAGUGCAAAGUAACAUUCGGUAGUGUUGGUUCUCAUGAGAUGGAAGUGACUCAGUACCUCCUCUCAGCUGCAGUUCCAGCACCGAACAAAUACUCUACCUCCGGUCAGAGUGUCAUCUUAUCUUGUGUAUUUCAUGGCAGUCUCGGCACUGCAACUUCUUGGUAUAAGGGCGAAUCUUCAACAGCUAUUGUGUCUGAUGAUGUUGAUUUCACGGUAACUGCCGGUGUACCCACUGCGUACACACGAACAGACACACUUACUGUGAUCAACGCGGACUCUGCGGACUCUGCAGAGUAUAGAUGCAGCAAUGGGGACUCGGAAGACACUCAGGAGCUUUAUGUCAUCAGUAUUGCUACGAAUCCGACAGAUACCAUAGCAGAAGUCGAUAAAACGACCACAAUGUCCUGUGUAACGGUAGAGACGACGCUCCCAGCUGUUGACAUCACCUGGACCUCCGGUUCUGGAGACAUGGAGAAUACUGAAGUUCAGCUCUCCUCAGCUCCUGGCGUUACUUCUGGUUUCAAGGUAUUUACCAGUACCCUGACUAUUACCGGAGUUGCUUCUGUGCUCUCUGAGGUCUACACGUGUGUUGUUCAGCCCCCAGAUCAGGAUACCUUCAAACUCACCUCAACACAUGCCUCCUUUUAUCUGACAGCCUCUAUUUAG